AAAAAAAAAAAGAAGAAACGCUAUCACGUCAGCCCCCUUGCAGAGCGAUCCUGCCGGCGGCUUCCCCCCGUCCAGGCGCUUCCGCUAUUUCUGGGCAGGGUGAAGCAACACAACUUUAGUCGCUGCCGCUGGCGCGGGGCUGUGCGUGUGUGUGCGGGCCCGUCGGCUCCUGUGCUCUGCCCGGGCCAUCCCACCCGGCCGUGGUCGAGGCACGGGUGGGCACCAUGGCGGGCCGCCUGCUGCCGCUGCUGCUCUGCGCGGCGCUCGCAGCCCUCAUCCUCCGCGCCGAGGGAAGCGUAUUUAUCAAGAAAGAAAAUGCAGAUAAGUUCUUGGAAAGAACAAAACGUGCUAACUCUUUUCUGGAGGAACUGAAGAAAGGGAAUAUUGAAAGAGAAUGCAAUGAGGAGCGUUGCUCGAAAGAAGAAGCGAGAGAAGCCUUUGAAAACCAAGAGAAAACUGAGGAAUUCUGGAAUGUCUAUGUAGAUGGAGAUCAGUGCAGCUCAAACCCUUGUCACUACGGUGGACACUGUAAAGAUGGAAUUGGUUCCUACACUUGCUCAUGCUUGGAUGGUUAUCAAGGCAGAAACUGUGAAUUUGUCAUACCCAAGUACUGCAAGAUAAGCAAUGGUGACUGUGAGCAGUUCUGUAGCAUCAAAAAGAGUGCACAGAAGGAUGUUGUGUGUUCCUGUGCUAAAGGGUAUGUUCUAGCAGAAGAUGGCAAAGGCUGUGUUGCAUCAGUAAAGUUUCCCUGUGGAAAAGUUUUUGUGAAAAGAAAAAAAAGAUCUGUUAUUUCACCUGCUGGCAAUAGCACUGCAACAAGCAUUCAAGCUGCCUCUCCCACAAAUGCAACAAUUCUGGAAGAGGACAUUGUUGCUACCACAGAAAGCCCAACCGUCCAGCCUCAGAAUGAAACGAGUAACCAGAGUCCAGAUGUGAUUACYAGGAUAGUUGGUGGUGACGAGUGUCUGCUCGGUGAAUGUCCAUGGCAGGCUGUUCUCAUAAAUGAGGAAGGGGAAGAGUUUUGUGGUGGAACUAUACUGAAUGAAGAUUUUGUCCUUACUGCAGCUCACUGCAUGAACCAAUCUAAAGAAAUUACAGUUGUUGUUGGUGAAGUGGACAGAGAAAAGGAAGAACAUUCUGAAACAAUGCAUACAGUGGACAAAAUAUUUGUUCACUCUAAAUACGUUGCAGAAACCUACGACAAUGACAUAGCCAUAAUAAAGCUGAAGGAACCUAUAAAAUUUUCUGAGUAUGUUAUCCCAGCGUGUCUUCCAGAAACAGACUUUGCUAAUGAAGUUCUGAUGAGCCAAAAAGCUGGGAUGGUUAGUGGCUUUGGACGGGAGUUUGAAGGUGGACGACUAUCYAAAAAACUGAAAGUGCUUCAAGUCCCCUACGUGGAUAGGAACACUUGCAAGCAAUCCACUAACUUUGACAUAACAGAUAACAUGUUCUGUGCUGGAUACGAGACGGAGCAAAAAGAUGCUUGUCAAGGAGACAGUGGAGGCCCCCAUGUAACCAAAUAUAAGGAGACUUACUUUAUUACUGGAAUUGUUAGCUGGGGAGAAGGCUGCGCAAGGAAAGGCAAAUAUGGUAUCUAUACCAAACUGUCUAGGUUCCUACGCUGGGUAAAAUGGGUCCUGAGACAAAAGAUUUAGUGGUGCAGUUAUUGAUCCUUUCUGUUGGCUAACAAGGUACAGUUGUACAAUCUGUAAUAGAAACAUUAUCCUUUUUUAGCACAUUUACUAAACUUAAGUUUGAGAGCUACUUCUUUAAAGUUAUGGUGCUGCUUCUAUCUUUAUUCCUGGCUUCCAGCAUGUAUAUGUGGACUGUCAGGGUUGAUUUGGGUUUGUACAGGGAGGCGCUUUCUCCCUAAGAAUGGCUGCUUGCUGGGAACUUAUGUUUGCUUAUUCAUUUUAUUUUUCAAAACUUCAAAUUGCAGCCAGUUGGUUCAACAGAGAAUCUGUGCUUAUUAGAACUGUUCAGCUUAGCUGCUGAUGUGCUGAGCA